AUGGGAUUACUUGAUCCAUAUAAAGAAACUCUAGAAUCAUGGGAGUCUUAUGCGUUGAGCUCAAUCAAUCAGGCAGCAAUUGACUCUCAAAUCUGGCUUAAAUCUCAAGCAGAGCAAACCAAAGCUUCAUUUAAAUCGGGACUAGCUUAUUCAAUAGAAUGGGGGAAAAUAGCGUAUAAAGAGGAGAAAGAAGAUCUUAGGAGACUAUACAGAUCAUUCCGUCCUGAUUGGUUUGAUUAUUUCAAUGUAAUAAAAGUAAAAAGAACAAACUUUUUAAAAGACGCUGGAAUUGCAGAUAGAAUUGUUGGCUUUGUUUUUGUAUCAGCUUUGAUUUUUGGACUUUCUCAUGGGAUAAGACCGAGAAUUAGAAAUACCUUGAUUUUUGGAACAAUUGGAGGAGCAUUUAUUGUUCCUGAGCUAAUAAAUCCUUUUAAUAGAGUAUAA